UCGAGUUAUGUGUUUCCUGGAGGGCACGGUGACAGUUGGGAACGGUAUUCACGUGUACCCGGAAAAGCUGUUAUGUUUUUCUUUCUACCCUCUCUGAUAGAUAAUGAAAAAGCACUGUGCAAUGCUAAGUGACAUCUCGUUUGAUUUAAUUCAGUUUCAGUAGAGAUACUUCACAGGAGGAUAAUGUCGGAGUCGCUACUCCGUUGGUGUCAGGAUAAACUGAUUCACAACUUUGGACUGGAUGCCAGUGAUGACAUCAUUCAGUACAUUUUAUCCAUUGAAAGUGCAGAGGAGAUUGAGGAGUAUGUAGGAGACUUGAUCCAGGGGACAGAUGGAAAGAAGCGGCAGUUUAUUGAUGAGCUUCUGGAGAGAUGGCAAAGGUCCCGCCAACGAGCUCCGGAAAGCGUCCAGCUGUACCGCAGAAACGAGGAGAUGGACACAGAGGUUUCAGAGACGAUGAGGGGCUGCGAUGCACUAAAGAAAUCCAAGCGGAAAGGGAGGAACAAACAGGAGACCAUGAUCUACACAGAACAAGCGCCUGGACCAGAUGAGGUGAAGACACCCAUAGAUCUGGCCAAGGCACAGGAAAGCAGCCCCGCCUCCUCCUCCUCCUCCUUUAAGAAGAAGAAGUUUGUGAGUCUGUAUGCGAAGGAAGGCCAGGACAAGCUGGCGAUUCUUCUUCCAGGGCGCCACCCCUGCGAGUGCCUGGCACAGAAACACAAGCUCAUCAACAACUGCCUGACCUGCGGCCGCAUCGUCUGUGAGCAGGAGGGCUCGGGACCCUGCCUCUUCUGUGGCAGCCUGGUUUGCACUAAAGAAGAACAGGAGAUUCUGCAGCGGGACUCCAACAAAAGCCAGAAGCUUCGGAAGAAACUCAUGGCAGGAGUGGAACGGGGCUGUGAGGGCUCUGAGAAGGAUGUCCUGCCCCACGAGGAGGCUCGCAUGCAGGCAGGGCUGGAGAAGGCCCUCCAGCACAAGGACAAGCUUCUAGAGUUUGACAAGAACAGCGUGCGUCGCACCAAGGUGAUCGAUGACGAAUCGGAUUACUUCUCCGCGGACUCCAAUCAGUGGCUGUCGCAGGCAGAGCGCGAGGCUCUGAGGAAGCGAGGGGAGGAGCUCCGGGAGCUGCGCCAUGCCUCCCGCCAGGGCAGGAAGAUCACCUUCGACUUCGCUGGGCGUCAGAUCCUAGAGGAGGGGGAGAAGAUGACAGAGUACUACAGCAAGUUUGAUGACACGGUCCAUGCUCUGAACACUGGGUCCCUGGGACAGAGCUCCAAGCCAGCUGACCGCGGCUCUCGACAGCACCUGCGAGAGCUGGUUAACCCCAAUAUUAUUCAGGCUGCACCAGUGUGGGUGGACCUGAACGACCCCGCGCCCCUCAGGAAGCCACAGAGCUCUCAGCUGAAGGGCUCUCAGAGUAACCCCAGCGCUGAGCGCACCCGGCUGAGGAUCCAGGACAAGGAGCUGCAGGAGAUCGCUGACGACGGCUGGUGUCUCAGCAUGCACCAGCCCUGGGCUUCCCUGCUUAUCAAGGGAAUCAAGAGGGUGGAAGGCAGGACCUGGUACUCGUCACACAGGGGUCGUCUGUGGAUCGCAGCCGCAGGGAAGAGGCCCACUCCACAGGAGAUCUCCCAGGUUGAAGCCUCUUACAGGACAAUGUACAAAAGAGUCCCUGAAUUUCCCAAAGAGUACCCUACAGGAUGCCUUCUCGGGUGUGUGAAUAUGGCAGACUGUCUGUCACAGGAGCAGUUCAGAGAACAGUUCCCAGAAACAUGUGAGGAGUCCGCUUCUCCAUUUGUCUUCAUCUGUUCAAAUCCUCAGGAGCUGGUGGUUAAAUUCCCCAUGAAAGGAAAACACAAAAUCUGGAAACUGGAGCACCAUUACCAUCAAGGAGCCAGGAAGGGACUUAUGCGACAGACACAAGCUGUGUGAAAGAAAGAAAACCAGGCCCGUCAUUGUCUCUUUCUUUCCCCCUUAUACUUUUUGCAGUCCGAAGGAGACAAAAUGUAUACAAAUUAUUGGAUAAUUGGGCAUCCAAUAGAUCAUUCUACUUUGCACGGAUACAAAGUUUCCCCCUGUUGUUUUUGUAAGGAGAAACAUCAUCUAUACUAAGUCUGAUUGCUGUAUUUGUUCUGUAAGUGAAGGCAGUAAUAAGAUACACAAAAACAUGAUUUACUGCUUUGGCCAUCUUUGACCUUUGUGUAAUAUCCUGUUGGACAUUCUAAAAUCGGGGAAAAAAUAACUGGGCGCACUAAAUUAAAAAAAAAAAACUUCUUUUUGAAGCAACUCUUUAUGAAGCUGUUGGCAGUGUAUAUUUCUAAUCUCUUGUUGUAGAUUGAGUUUUAAGGGAGGAACCAUUAAGAAUAUUCUGCUAAUCAUUUGAAUAGUCAAAUUGUCCAGCUUGCAGAAUAGCAAACCACAGCAGGAUUUCAAUGGGGAAAGACUGGUAUGGCAACAAAAACACACAAUAAAACAAGCAGUUUAUUCAACUA